CGCUGUGCCAUGAGGAAUUCUUUGUCUGCCUUUUAUGGUCUUUUGUAGGUUGCAGCCCUGGAGAGACAGAUAUUUGACUUCCUGGGUUAUCAAUGGUUGCCGAUCCUGGCUAAUUUUUUACACAUUAUGGCCGUCAUCCUGGGUAUUUUUGGCACCCUUCAGUACAGAUCCAGGUACCUCAUGCUGUAUGCCGUGUGGCUCAUUGUCUGGGUUGGCUGGAAUGCAUUCAUCAUCUGUUUCUACCUGGAAGUCGGACACCUUUCACAGGACCGAGACUUCAUCAUGACCUUUAACACAUCAUUGCAUCGCUCGUGGUGGAUGGAGAAUGGUCCUGGUUGCCUGGUGACUCCUGUGAUCAACUCCAACCUGGCCUUAGAGGACCAUCAUGUCAUCACCGUAACUGGAUGCUUGCUAGAUUAUCAAUACAUUGAGGUGGUGAGCAGUGCAAUGCAGAUAUUCCUUGCGCUGUUCGGAUUUGUUUACGCCUGCUAUGUCAGCAAAAUGUUUAUGGAGGAGGAAGACAGCUUUGAUUUUAUUGGAGGGUUUGAUUCCUACGGCUACCAGGCACCACAAAAGAUGUCACACCUGCAGCUGCAGCCUUUAUACACCUCUGGAUAAUUGCUUCCUCGCCUACCUACAGUGAACAAGCCUUUGGGGACAUUUGCAAAACCACAAUAACAAUGCCUAGCCAAGCCACCAAGAUAAAUGGAGUAGGGCAAAGCAUUUUCAAGGCCGUUGUCAGUUCUGCUGGAGAUUUGGAGGGAUGAUUACGUGACUCCAUCUUGUCCUUCUCAUCCGUUAAUGCCUUUCGUUUGGUAGCUAAGCAAGAGUCAUGAACCCAUUGGGGAAAAUUGACCAACACAAUUUCUCCAGAUCUAAAAGUUUCUGCUUAAAAAGACCUCGGAGCCAAACCAAGCUCAGGACUCCACCUACUGGCCACGUUGUGUACUGACACUGGUUCACACCGGCCAAUCCUCAAAACUCGAGAUCUCAUUCUUGUCUCCAAAAUAGGGAGAAUCCUUUUCUAAACGAGAUCUUCUUCUUCUUUAUUUUCCUUUUUUUUUUUUUUGGUCAGAUUUUUCUUUUGUUUGUUGGUUUUUCUAAAAAUAAUAAUAAUUCUUGGACACUUCUCGUCUGACCGAACGACUUUCAGUGCAUUGAUCUGUAGGUUGCAAUAUUUUGCAAUAAUGAAAAGGAGUUAAAGGAAUAAAAUGAAUGGAAAAUGAAAUAAA